CAUUAAAAACUAUAUUUUGAUGGAGAUUUGGAUUGAUUUUGCGUAUAAAAUAUUUUUGUUUUUCAGUUUAUGGCUUGAAUAAGCGGCUGUUCAAUUUGUUAAAAUCUGUGAACAUAAAACUGAAACAAUGAAGCCAAGCAAGACACUUAUUAAGUGCGUUGUUCCGGCUUGUGAAAACUAUUGCGGACCCGCGACUGCCAAAGAUUUCUACAGCGUUCCAUCGACAGGCCACAGUUCCUACGCCAAGUGGUGUCGGCUAUUCCAGCUCUCCGGUAAUCGAACGGAACGGAUCUGCAGUGUGCACUUCAAGCAGACUGAUUUUUUCGUAAACUGUCGAGAGAAACUCCGAGAGACGGCGGUUCCAUCGGUAGAGGGUCCUGUUCACUGCAAAAAGUUGAAAUUUGGAGGGAUAUGCUGUGUGGAUGGAUGUUUCACAAAAACACGGGGCAGUUUGAUGGGCUUUCCCACAAAGAAAAGCGUGCUAAAUGCGUGGAUUAAGGCUUUGGGAAUUGAGGAAGGCACAACGACCAACGACUUGAAGAUUUGCAACCUGCACUUUAAGCACAAAGAUUAUCGGAAAGUUGUGUCGCACUACUUGAAACCGAAUGCAGUGCCUUCCAGGAAACUUGUCCCGAAACGCGUCGUAAAGCAGGAACCUCCCUCGGAGGAUCACACAUACACUAACAACAAAAGGAUCAACGCAAAACUCCCGGGCAAGAGCAAUCGAAUGUGCUGCGUUCCAGGAUGUCGCACGCGAGCCACAACUGGAAUCAAACUGCACUGUUUUCCGGCGGAAACCGAGGGCCGGUUCUGGAAAUGGUACGACAAUUUAAGGCUGACCAGAAUGCCAACAAAGAACUCGAAAGUGUGCAGUCUGCACUUUGAUGAAUCGUGUUACCUCAAGGGAGGCCAACAUCUGAAGAAAACGUCUAUCCCGUUUGUGUAUGCGCCGGAAGUAAUGGCACUGCCGGACGAACAUGCGAUCAUUUUGCUAUCGCAAAAAAGUGAGACUGCCGGAUUGCAAGACGAUGACGACCCACUGGAUGACAAAAAUUUCAUCCUUUUUACGCCAAAACCGACAGAGCUGGAAAUAACUGAGACAUCCACAUAAAGUCUAAUGUUAUAGAUCGAAUUCAACAACUGAAGCCUUUGUUUUUUUUUUAAGAAUUAAAACUACAAUGAACUGUA